AUGAAGGCUUUAAUCUCCGUAAGAUUGGAUGAUGGGGGUGCUGGCAUUGUGUUGGUGAGCGGUGUGUGCCGCAGCGACUUCGAGUGCAUGACCGAUACAGAGGACGGCAACAUACUGCACCAGUCCCUGGCGAAAGGGCCGCCCGAGUGGAAGAGUGGAAGCGGUAAGAGCAGAACCUCUUCUGUUCCCAAAGGUUGUAUUGACAACGAAGAAGAGAACCUUACAAGCUUGUGGCGAAAACCUUGGUUUGUCACGAGUAUCGGAGCUGCAGCGGGCGCAACUGCGCUGUCAGGGUUCCUCUCCUGGUGGUGUCCCGUAGGAGCGGAGGCCGCUCCUACGGCUGACGGUUCCGCAAUCAAAAGUUACAGUUCGGCCUCCGAAAUUAGAAGGUACUACCAGACCUUGUCAACCAACUGCGAUAAAGGUUCGUCUGUGUUCGACUGGAUUAUGAAGUGUAUGCCCGAUCCCCUACCGCGACCUGAGCCCAGCAUUGAUGACAUCAACUCAUUGAUUUCCGGCCAUGAGUUGGCCACACUGAGAUUACCUUGGGUGGCUUCCAAUAAGAUGCGCCAUGGGGGGAAAAUGGAAGCGAGUAUGAGGAACGCGACUGUGGACGGUUGGAAAGAGUUCGACUGGUCCUUUUGUGACAAACCCGGCGGCAGGAUACUUUGCACGGAUCACACUGAUCAUUACUAUGGCGCUCCGUUCAAGUUCGAUUUUCCCACUGUCUGGGAGGCGGUUGUCCACAUCGCUGACCCUACUCAAUGUUCGUUCCAGUACCACAGCUCAGAUGAGCAGAAGCGUCUUGCAGCGAUUCGUCGCGGAGUGGCCGGUGGAAAAUGGGCUGGCAUUGACGUAGACAAUGCUAGCGAAGAUAUGCUAUACCAACUAGGACUUAAAGUUCUCAGCUUGAGCACCGUCACAGGCAGCGUGACGGAGAAUUGCAUUGAGGCCCGUGUGGGCCACUACAAGUUUGAUGAAGAGGGACCCUGUUACACCACGGAAUUUGGGGUCUCUGUACGCGACAUGGCACUGUAUAACACCGCAAUGACAAGAGGCUAUGACGCGUCCCAAAUCGAUUGGCAGUGCUCGCUUUUCGAGGACGAAGAGGACGCGAAACAGAAGCUUGAAGAGUUUUGGAGAACGGAAGUGACCGGGUGGAUGCCGGAGGAGCGUGGCUAG